CCUCUCCGCGCAGGAAGAGCUCGAGACCAACGGAAGGGCACGUGCGGUCUGACGAAGGGGGGUCGGCCGAAGCAGCUCGAGCUCUUGUUGCGGGAUCGUGCCGCACCUGGCGGAGGCGGAGCGACUGGUCGCGUGGGAGGCGCUCGAGCGAGGAGGGGUAUGGCGGAGGUGAAGGGCGUCGCUCAAACUGGGAUCUCUCCAAUAAUCAUGGAUACCACCAGGAAGGUGCCAGUAAUUCGCAAAUCCCUCAAACCAGCAAGACCAUUACAUCGUUUAUCUACUGAACUAGAUUCUGCUGUAUGUAUUGAUUAUCUACCACCGGUUUUACAUCAAAAUGAAGUUUCAUGGAGUGAAGAGAACUGGACUAUUUCAAGUGGAUAUGCACAACGGGAAACCAAGUGGAGUGAUGUCCCAACCUUUAGAAGCAAGCAAGAUCUUAAAGGACAGGAACGACCAAUAGAAAGACGUCAUUCUGGUCAGGGAGAUGGCACAAAGAAGGGUUUUCAAGUUGAAUUCUGGCAUCAGGCAACCUGGCAGCUUUAUCGAGGCGAGGACUUUGUGGAUUCAGGAGAUGCAGAGAGGAUUACAUACAGCAGAGAAUUCCUGAUGAAAAUUGCUAGCCUGCCUAUUUCAAAAGAGAAACCUGAGUUUUUGCCGUCUCUUCCUGUGGUAUUAGAGAGGCCAAGAGAGAGGUUGUAUGGAAGUGGACGGGGUUUAUGUUUUGCUUACCAAAAGAUGGCUACCAAUCAUCAUGGAAUUGCUGGCUGAUUGACAGUUGUAAAUCAAGUCCUGAACUCACUUGGAAGGUGCUUAUAUUCUGUUUAAUAUUUCUAAACAUAUCUACCGGACUUUUGGAUCUUUAUGGGAAGAACUCAUCCAACUUUACUCAACAACUGGAAGAUUUUCUUUUUUCAGUGAUGAGGUUCAUGAUUAAUUUCUUUUGAUUCUAAUUAAUCAAGAUGGUGAAGUACCACAUUUGUAAAACAGCACUUUUGGUAGAGUUUGUGCACUUGAAAUAAAUUGAAAAUGGGUUAACAAAUAUUUUUUUAUGUAGCAAAUGAAAUACAUAGAAAGGACAAUAUUGUAAUUCUGGCUCUCUCUUUUGAGGGAUAGUUAUUGGAUCAGUUACCACAGAGACCAUUUCACAUCCUGGAGGCAACAUGGUAUCCAGAGGCCAUGCAUAAAAAGAAACAUUUUUUUAAAAAAUCAUUAUGUUAAACAUUUUAAUCCAGACACCUUAUCUGAAACAAAAUCUUCAGUUCUGUGCUUUUCACCUGCAGUGUGUAUUACCUACGAGUAAAAAGAUUAGAAUACAUUAGCUCUGACAAGGUCAUCCUCCUCUUUGAUGUUAUCUUAUAUCUACAAGGUAGGACUAUCCCAGUUAUCCAAUGAGAGAUAUCAAAGGUACAUUCCUUUUAAGAAAUUAAGGAGUCAUACUAUGUUAUCCUUCCUGUGCUAUACAGACCUUGAUUUCUGAACAGUUACGCUAUUAGAAAAGUCAUUUUCACCUGAACUGUUGUUUCCAGCAACCACUCUUCUGGCAUUAUUGGGAUUCAGAGUAGGUGAGACAGGAUGGAUUUCACACUUCCAAGUUGGAAGAUCCUUCUACAUCUUUUACGUGUAAAUGAGCAUGUAACCAGAAGUUGGACCUCUAUAUCUCAACGUCGACCCAUAUGUAACAUUAGACCAAGGAGCAGGUCAUACUAAUAGGGUAUAAAUAAUAAUGAGAGCUACUACAUGUACAUGUUUUACAACGUAGUCUCUUUAGCAUUUGCCUUGUACCCCUGAGCUUCAAAGAUUUACAUCACACACUGCCAAUUAGCAGAAGUGCAUUAUGAACCAAGAAAAUAAUUUCCCAAAUUUAGUCUUCAUAAGCUAUGCAUAAUACUUUAGUUUUUGCACAACAAUAUCCAUGUAGAAAGAUUUAAUUUUCUUAUUAUUCAGUGUUCAUUUCAUGCUCUACUGCAUGAGCAUAUGGAGAAUGAAUAUGUGUUGAAAAUAGCCAGUGGUAACUCAGAUUGCUUACAGCUUCAUUAUCAAGUCAGAUACCAUUAUUCACAAGCUUAGAAUUCUUUAAAUGUUUAUGGCUGGCACCAGAGAAGUGGUCUUUUUUUGCUUCAAGAAGCUUACGUUUUAAACUCAGUUUAAAAUCCCUCGUGUAGGCAAAGAUCUCAAGGUAUAUGGUAUUAAGCAUAUAUGUAAGCAAUCUUGAUUGAGAAUUAAACUGCCUACAGAAUUAUCACAGCUAGCGCUGUAGCUACCAGAGUGACUGAAAAAGAGGUUGAUGAGAUAUCUGUGAUGCUCUCUGGUGGGAUCUUCAGAUUUCAAUUAAUUGAAUGGUAAAUUAAUUGUUUUGUGUGUUCUGUGUUCUCCAUAAGUUCUCUGUAGCAUCCUAUUGUAGAAAUUGGCUUAAGAUCCAUCAGUGUGCCUUUGGAACUGGAACAAUAGCUUUAAAACUUUCAAUGAAGGGUUCACUCAUUUGGUUAUACUUUGGCCUGUUGAAUAAAUCCUGAUGUAUACAUUUGAUUUUUUCAGUCUGCUUCCUGCACCAGUGAUUGAUCCAAUGAGCAUCCACGGACAGUGGAUAAAGAUUAAAUGCAUUACAAUUCUCUAAACCAUCUCACCCCUAAAAUUGUUAGGAACACUGAUAAUACCUCUGAAUUACAGAUGUUUACCUCAUAUGUCACAACUACUUUCCCAGAAUAAUUAUUUCAAAUA